AUGGAAAAGGGGGCCGUGCUGGAGACGGUGCUGCCCGCCGAGGAGCCGAACGGCACCGACAGCGCCAAGGCUCCCAAAGUCAGCUGCGAGGAGAGGAACGGCACCGAGCGCUCCACGCUGCACAUCCUGAACGUCUCGCAGGACCUGAUGGAGUUCUUAAACCCAAACAGCAGUGACUGCACGUUAGUCUUGUUCUAUACGCCGUGGUGCCGCUUUUCUGCCAGUCUGGCGCCUCAUUUUAAUUCUUUACCUCGAGCGUUUCCAACUCUUCGCUUCCUGGCACUGGAUGCAUCUCAGCACAGCAGUUUGUCAACUAGAUUUGGAACCGUGGCUGUACCCAAUAUCCUCCUUUUUCAAGGUGCUAAACCUAUGGCUAGAUUUAAUCACACGGACAGAACGCUGGAAACGCUGAAAGACUUCAUCUUUAAUCAAACAGGUAUAGAAGCGAAAAGCGACGUGGCGGUGACGGAGGAGGACUGGGAAGGCCCGCUGCCCAGCGUUCUGACAAAAGGCAUAGACUGGCUGCUGCUGUUUUCUUUGCUCUUUCUGGCCAGCUUUGUCAUGUACGCCACCGUGCGAACGGAGAGCAUUCGGUGGCUGAUCCCAGGACAGGAGCACGAGCAUCAGGAAUGA